AUGAUUGGAGUAAUACAACACAUAAAAGAGGAAUUUUUUGUUAGAAACUAUCGUGAUGUGAUUUUCAGUAAAACGAACAAGUUUUUCCCGGAGAUCACUCAAACUGCGAAGCGCAUGAUUGAUACGGCGAAGAUUUUGCAAGUGCCCAUCGUCGUCACCGAGCAGUAUCCACAACGGCUUGGUUCAACCGUAAAAGAGCUCGGGUUGGACGAUAGCAUUCCUCGCUAUGCGAAAACACAAUUCUCGAUGUGCGUCCCAGAGGUGAAUCCUCUUCUGAAGGACAAGGAGAGCGUAAUUCUUGUUGGCAUUGAAGCACAUGUAUGCAUUUUGCACACGGCCUAUGCUCUUCUCGAAAAGGGUCUCGAUGUUCAUGUUGUAGCAGACGCAGUAACCGCGAGAACGCUGACCGAUAGGAAAUUUGCUUUCAAACAACUGGAGCGUGCUGGAGCUAUCUUGACAACUUCUGAAUGUGCAAUCUUGGGAUUGGUGAAGGAUGCUGCUCAUCCCAAGUUCAAAGAGGUGCAAAAGCUUAUCAUGACUGAAGCUCCGGAUUCAGGACUACUUGAUAUGUAA